AUGAACAUAAUAACUUUUAUGGGUGCUUGUGUACUUAGGUAUGCUAUACCUCCAGAACAUGGAAGAAGGUUAGAGAGGCUUGCCAAUGGAUUUUUUCCGUCAUCCUAUAAAACUUGCCAGGCAUUUUUAAGGCAUAAAAUGACACUUAUUUCGCCACAGAUUUUAAGACAAUAUUCAAUACCCUACAAUAAGAUUACACAAGAACAGGGAGAGAUCAUGAUUACAUUUCCUUAUGGAUAUCAUGCAGGAUUCAAUCAUGGUUUUAACUGUGCCGAAUCAACAAAUUUUGCCGCUGAAAGAUGGGUGGAAUAUGGAAAACGUGCCACACAAUGUACCUGUAGCAAAGACAUGGUGAAAAUAUCAAUGGACACAUUUGUUAAACGAUUCCAGCCAGAAAAGUAUGAUAAAUGGUUGAAAGGUGAAGAUGUAGGUCCACAUCCUGAAGAACCUGACAGGAAAGUAGCUGCCCCUUUACCAUUACCUCAAGAUAUACUUUGCAAUAAAAAUAACCCAAGUUUACCCCAAAGUUACGUUGACGGGCCUUUCAAAAAGAAACGUGGAAAAAUGAUGGCUGGAUAUUCCAGUUUCUCAGAAUUCCCACCAGAGUUGCAACUACAAAUAAUUGAAGAAGACAACGCGUUUUUAGAUGAAAUGCCACCAGAUGAAGAACAAUUGGAAGCUUUGGAGGAUAUUUGGCUUAAAGCUGGUGAAAUAGAAGCAAAAGAUGCCGAUUUUUGCGAUGUCGGUUACAACGUUAAAAAAUCCAAGAAGCUACUUUCAAAAUUUAAAAAAAAACGGGGAAGACCAAAAAAGAUUCGACUCCCUGAAGAGAUUGACUUUGUUGCUAAAAUUAAGAAAGAACCAAAAGCUAAAAAACAGUGUGGCAAAAUUGUGACAAGUCCAGGAGAAAUUCGCAACGAGGCUGGGGAGCUGAUUAAACCCCCCAAGCUGAUUAAACCUAAAACUAAAAAGGUGAAAACUGAUGAAGAAAAAGAAAUGAUUAAGAAAAAGAGGAAGAAAAAGAAAGAAGCCUUGGAGCAGCAGAAGCUAAUCCAGACUAAUCGGGAAACCAAUACAACAAUAUCUCACGAGGACAUAAAACCGCCGCUACAACUUGAUGGCGACAAAUCCAAAGCUCAACAAGACAUUGAAAGCAUUUUACGACAAGUGAGUGAGGAAUUUGAACGAGAAAGAAAUAAUUCUCAAAGUAAUUAUAAGACUUAUAAACCUCACAAUAAUAUGGUGUCUGUAAAGAAGGAGCCACAGGACAUUAAACCUGUGGUGUCAGCCUCACAAGGCCAUCAUGGCAGCGUUGCAGCUAAUACGAGCUAUGAAACGGCUUAUUUGUCGUUUUUACACCAAAAUGUUCCAGUUAAAAGUGGGAACGAAAGGCCUAGAGUUACUAAAGUGGAACCAAAAGUUGAAAAUACAAAUCUAGCCCAAAGUACUCUGUCUUUAAUGAACCUACUCCAAAAUAAGUCAAGUUUAGUGAGUCAAACCGAGCCUAGUCCAUCUUCAACGAAUCAAACCCAGAUCAUGCCGUCUUUAGUGAAUCAAACUCAAACCACUCCAUCUAUAAUAAACAAAAAACAAAUUUCAACUAUUUUGCAGAAUCACAUUCAAAGUAGGCCGAUUUUACCAAACCAAAUUGAAACUACCCGAUCUUUAUCAACUGAAAAACAAACUAAGCCAUCUGUAAAGAGUCGAAAACAAUCUACGCCAAUGAAGAAUCCGAAACAAACUCUGCCAUCUUCAGUGAAUAAAAAAUCUCCCAAGUCAUAUUUGAAGAAACAUCUCCAAAAUAUGCCAAAUUUGCCAAAGCAAACCCCAACUACAUCAUUAUUAACAAAUCGAAACCAGACUACUCCAAAUGCAAUGAAUCUUGAACAAAAUCAAAACCAGACUAUAUCAACUGCAAUGAAUCUUGUACAAAAUCGAAACCAGUCUACAUCAGCUGCAAUGAAUCUCGUACAAAAUCGAAACCAGACUACACCAGCUGCGAUGAAUCUUGUACAAAAUAAAAACCAGACUACACCAGCUGCGAUGAAUCUUGUACAGAAUCGAAACCAGACUACAUCAGCUGCAAUGAAUCUUGUACAAAAUCGAAACCAAACUACACCAGCUGCGAUGAAUCUUGUACAAAUUAAAAACCAGACUACAACAACUGCAAUGAAUCUUAUACAAAGUAAGACACCCGCAAGUCAACAAAUUAAAUCCAAGUCAUCUUCAAAACAUAAAAUUCAAUCAAAGCCAUCUGUAUUGAGUAGGCCUCAAAAUACUUCAACAGGUAUUAAUAAUACCCAAACUUCAUCAUCUUUGCUGAGUAAACCACAAUAUAAUAUAUCUUCAACUAAUAAAGUUGAAAAUCAAAUAAUAAAUAAACCCCAAUCUAUUUCAUCUUCAAUAAACAAAUCCCAAACAUCAUUGAAAAAAGUUCGAACUAAGACGACAUUACCGAGCCGCACUCAAAGUGUCAUAAUGAAACAAGAAAAUAAGACCAGUUUUGACACUUCCGUAGCAAAACUUCCUAACUCGAUUUCAAUAUCGAAAAUGCCUAUACCAUCAGUUCCUGCUUCAAUAUCCGUAACAAAACUUCCCAAUUAUAGGGUAAUCAAACCCGAUCCCAAAGCUGAAAGUAUUCCUCCUGUUUCUAAUCACCAAUAUUUCUCUAACGAAACUGUCCCAAAUAACACAGCUGAUUUGGAUUUAUUCGAUCAACUGCAAGGCAAUAAUCGUAGCAAUAACACACAAAAUUUUGGAUUUUAUGCGCCCAGCAAUGACAAUACUAUAACAUUGUAUUCAGCACCUAGUGGAUUUAAUGAAGACAUUCCACAAUUAUCCAGUACUAUAGCGGCAAAUACUAGUCAACAGGUAGAAAAUAUUCCUCAACAAGUGAUUUUAAAUCCUGCGAAGAAUUUUAAUGUAUUUUGUUUGAAUCCAGUUCAGCAACAAGUAGUACCCGCUGCUACUUUUCAAAAUAUCAUUUUACCUGCUGGCGUUAGUUUAAAUCCAGUUCCUCGUAAAGCAAAUCCUAUUUGGACUGAUCAAAACUGGUAUAGCAUCAAUUCUUGUGAUACAACAGAAUAUACGAAUAGGGAACGUUUUUAUCCAAUGACUAGUCAACCAAUUAAAUUAAGUGACUGUGAAAGGGACAUUAAAUUAGUUGAUGUAGACGACAUUACUGUUAACGGCAAUAAAGAAAUUCCUGAAAAUAUUGAUAAACCUGGAUCAAUAGAAAUUCAAGAUUAUGUACAAGAAAUUGUUGUGCCAUUAACAUGCAUUGAGAGUCAAGCAAAUAUUUCGGAUGCUGAGCCAGAUUCAUCAGAAAAUAUUGAAGAGAUAUUGGAUAAGGUUGCGAUUAAAGAAUCGGUUUUGCCACUAGAAUGUAAGGAAAAUCAUGAAAAUAUUUUAAAUAAUUGUAAAGUUGCUGUAGAAGAAAUAAAUUUUGAUAUUGAAAGUGAAAUUAAUAAUCAUUUAUCAGUGGCCAGUAUCGUUGAGGUUAAUAGUAACGAAAUUUGUUGUCCCUCUUUAAAUGAUAACAGCAAUAGUGAGAAAGAAGAAAAGAAAUUAACUAAAAAUAAUAACGAUAGUAACAAACCUUUUAUUAUUGAAUCCAUAGUUAUUGACAAGAAAGUUCAAGAAAAAAAGAGCUCAACAUCUUAUUUGAAGAACAUCAAAAAACGUACAAUGGCUGCAACAAUAGGACGAAGUUUUAAGCAAAAAAGCGAAAAAAAAGCUAACGCGAAUCUCAAGAAAAACAUUUUUAAAAAGCUCUUUGCAAAAACCUGCUGCAAACCGGUGAAAAAAUUGGAUGUUACUGAUGCUGUUAGAGUAUUAAUGAGGAAUAAAAAUAAAAACAAACUAUCUAAAACUGAAAGGGAGGAGAACAAGGAACUUAUUAGAGAUUUUAUUCAGUAUUAUCAUUCUAAAAAGGCCAAAAGUAGAAUACCUCCGGUACCUACUUUAAAAAAACAGCAAAUGGCUUUAACUCCCAAGAAAGUUAAAGUGGUACUUGAUGAUGUUUUGAAGAGAUUUUCCGUGAGUGUACAGGAACAUCUUAAAGCAGGCGGAUCUUUGUGUUACGUGAGCACCAUCUUAGAAAGAGAAGAACUGAAAACUAAAAAAUCUAAGCACCAAGAUAAAAAAGAAAGGAUUUCAAGUGAUAGGGCUUCAGUAGAAAUCGAUCAAGUGGUUUGGGCAAAACACCAAAACAACCGUUACUACAAAGCUAAAGUUACUGACAUCACAACCAGCUACAAGUAUUGUGUUUAUUUUGACUGCGAUGGAAGUUUUUCUAAAGACAUAACCAACGAUCAUUUGGUGGGUUGGAACAAGGAUAAAAAACCGACCAAUGGGGAUCGGUUGCGAAUUCGGUGGAUGGAUGGUAAUAUUUAUGAGGCAUCUUGCAUGGGACGAGUGGCUAAUUGUGUUUACUCGAUAUUAUUUGAGGAUUUGAAGCCGCGACAGCUACUUAGGGAGCAUAUUUACGCCUUAAAUGAGCCUAUCCCUAAAAAUAUAACCACCAAACUGCUCGAAGUUACGGAAGUUUUAUUUGUGACAACAGACGCUCCUGAAACUUUCUAUAAAGUGUUUCAAUCCUUCACAUCUACAGGAAUUAAAAAUGAUUCAUGA